AAAGCUACUAGGCAACCAACCUCCAUUGAACUGAAGCAAGAAGCAAUGACAAUUUGUCAAUAAAUAAUCCUCCACUGCACUGACACUGAGACACCACCUUAAUCUAACUUUCACGCUGAGAUUAGAGAAUUAUAUGUAUAUAAAUAUAUAAGUACAAGGUUGUUCUGUUCAUGUAAUCAUGUUAGUCUCUUUGCCCCACCUAAUUGACUCUCCCAAAGAAGAAGGAAGGGGUUUGCUAUUUCAUUAUUUUUGUUUUGAGGUUUCUUAUGUGUGAACUCACAUGUGUUAUUGACUAUUGUUUCUCCCUUGGAUCACUUUUAUUAACUUUGUUUAGCUAAAGGUGAAAAGAGUUCUCUUCAACUUUUACCUCUCCGCCCAUGGAAAUUUCCAAACUCUGCCAAUGCCAGAAGUAUGGUUUUCAAGAAACAAAUGUUUUGGGUCUUGUCCUUUUCACAAAAAACAGUUCUGGCUUGCUCCAUAAACUAUCUUCUUAUUGCUUUGGUGUUACUAUGUGGGCCACUUCUCCAAUUUAACACCCUUUUGUUCUUGCUUCAAGUUACCAACUUGUUCAAAACCUGUAAUUUUUUCUCUCAUUUAUUCUGAGGUUGUACUUGGAGACUGGAAUGGGAUGGGGGUGGUUUUGGCCUUGAUGCUGCAGCUCUGCAUCAUUGCCUUUGCUGUGACAGCUCAAGAGUUCAAAGGGUCCAUCAUAUCUCCAUCUCCAGCAUUUCUUCCAGUCGUUCCUCCUGGUGAAGAAACACUUGGUCCUAUUUAUCAUGGAGAGGGAAGCAAAGCACCAAACCUGCCAUCAGAUGGAGAUGGGUUUGUUAUAUCCCCAUCUCCGGCUAACUUACAUGUGUAUCAUUCCCCUAGCUCUCCAGCAGUACCAAAUGGACCAUUCUAUAAGCCUCCAAAGACAUUUCCACCUUCUACAACAGCUCCAUCCCCUCAGAAGAUUAAAGACAUUGAACCAUCCAAAUCUCCAAGUCCGAGCACCAUAGCAUUAUCACCACCAUAUGCGGUUGUUCCCUUGCCAUCAGCAGUUCAAGGGAACAAGCCACCACCUGUUAAAACAAGUCCACCUCAAAGGGAAGCGCCUACUGUUAGGCCUCCUUUCUCUACACCAACUGCUCCAGCUCCAGUUGCAAUAUCUUCUGACAGAUCACCAAAAAUUUCACCAGUCAGCCAACCAAUUGAACAUGGACAUUUGACACCUGAUGUGGAUAAUAGGAAUGCAAAUAACAGUCACCUUGCAGAGUCAUUUUCACCAGCACCAGGUGCAGUACCUUCUGCUAAUUUGCCCAAAAAUUCAUCAGCCAGCCAACCAACUGAAAAUGGAACUUUUCCUCCCAAAGAGGGUACAAAUAAUGGUCAUGGCCUGGAACCAAUUUCACCAGCCCCUGUAGCAGUUAAUUUGCCAAAAGAGUCACCAGUCAGCCAGCCUCCUGAACAUGCAAGUUUGCCGCCAAUUGUCCAUCAAAGGAAUGCAAAUAUGGGUCACAACUUGAAGCCUGUUUCACCAGCCUCAGUUGCUAUACCUCCCACAACUUACAAAAUAACAUCAAUGGACAGUGAACCAACGACACAGCAUGGAAGCAUUCCACCUAAUGUUCAUAAAAGAAAUUCAAAUAAAGGUCACACUUCUGAGACAGUUUCACCAGAACCUGUUGCAUCCCCACCAUGGAAAGUGGAAAAUAGCCCACCAGAGACCCACCCAAUUGUCCCAACAAUAACUCCAUCCACAUUAACUGCACCAGUUACAUCACCUCCAAGUGCAUUUCCAUUAAAACCACCAUUGGUCCAUCCGAUUGUUCCAGUAGCAUCUCCAUCAAAAUUACCAGCACCUGUUUCCUCUCCCACUCCUUUGAGAAGCUUCAAUUGGAAGAAGGGUGGAGCACCAGUUGUUGCACCUUUGUCCAGAAAUCCAAAGCCACUUCCAGCUGUAAUACACUCCCCAGCUCAAGCUCCUGUAGCACAAAAAGCAAGGCAAUUACAUCAUGCCCCUGAGCCAUUGAUUUCAUCUCCUAAAUCUUCUUCCAAUAAAGAAUAUCAUUAUCCUCCAUUGUCACCUACAUCCUCAUUUUAUAAACAUCCUCAUACAAGGGAGAUAAUUGGCAGCCCUUCUCCUGCAUCAUCAUCUAUGGUUUCUCCUCCCACUUCAAAACACCAAGAAGCAGCAAUUCCUCCCUUAUUGCCACCAAGAAGUGGACAAAGACAUCAUGUUUCACCACCAAUCAACUCAAGUUCUUCAGUUUCCCCAUUCUCUUCCCCUAUUCAUUCAAAUACGGGUCAAGUUUCACCUGCUCCUUCUCCAUCAAUCAAAUUUGCAUCUCACCCAACUGGAAGCACCAUUUUUCCUCCUAAAGUAGCUCCAUCUGAGUCUUCUUCAAAGAGACCUAAGAUGCCACUCUUGCCUCAAGUUCAAGUGCUGCCACCGCCGCCUCCUAAUGAAGAUUGUAUAUCAACUGUCUGCACAGAACCUUAUACAAAUUCUCCGCCUGGAGAACCUUGCAGAUGUGUCUGGCCGAUGCGUGUUGGUCUUCGCCUUAGUGUUUCUCUUUAUACCUUCUUCCCUUUGGUUUCAGAACUAGCUUCUGAAAUUUCCACUGGGGUUUUCAUGAAACAAAGUCAAGUUCGCAUUAUGGGAGCAAAUGCAGCAGACCAACAACCUGAGAAAACUGUUGUCCUUAUUGAUUUGGUGCCACUUGGGGAAGAGUUUGAUAAUACUACAGCCUUUUUUACUUCUGACAGAUUCUGGCACAAAAUGGUUAUUAUAAAAGCUUUCUACUUUGGAGACUAUGACGUGUUAUAUGUGAGUUAUCCAGGUUUACCUCCUUCUCCUCCUUUACCUCCUUCAAGCCUUAACAUGUUCAAUGGAGGUCCAUAUUCCACUGAUGGCAAUAAUGGAAGGACGAUAAAGCCCAUUGGGGUCGACAUACUGAAGAGACAGCAAAAAGUUGGACUUAGCAGAGGCAUAAUUUCCACUAUUGCUGUUUCUGUUUCUUUAGCAGUUGUUUUAUGUGCUGCUGCUGCCUGGGUCAUGUUCAAGUUCAGAGAUCAUGUUAGUCAGUCAGCAUCAACCCCACGGCAGCUUUCACCACCUUCUCUUACCAAAGAACCAGGUACUGCAGGAUCACUUAGAGGUGCGGGUGCAGGAGUUGGUUCUGUUUCCACAUCAUUUCGAUCUAGCAUUGCUGCUUAUACAGGAUCUGCUAAGACUUUCAGUACUAAUGACAUCAAGAAAGCUACUGAUGAUUUCCAUGCUUCAAGAAUACUUGGAGAGGGCGGUUUUGGCCUUGUUUACAGUGGUAUCCUUGAAGAUGGGACCAAAGUGGCAGUCAAGGUUCUAAAGAGGGAGGACCAUCAUGGUGAUCGUGAAUUCUUAGCUGAAGUUGAGAUGCUUAGUCGUCUUCACCAUAGAAAUUUGGUCAAGUUAAUUGGUAUAUGUAUUGAAAACAGCUUCCGCAGCCUUGUUUAUGAACUUGUUCCAAAUGGAAGCGUGGAAUCCUAUUUACAUGGGGUUGACAGGGGAAACAGCCCACUUGAUUGGGGUGCCCGGAUGAAGAUAGCACUUGGUGCAGCUCGUGGCCUAGCUUACCUGCAUGAAGAUUCAAGUCCCCGUGUUAUACAUAGGGACUUCAAGUCUAGCAACAUAUUGUUGGAAGAUGAUUUUACACCAAAAGUAUCUGAUUUUGGACUGGCCCGAACAGCAACGGAUGAGGAAAACAAGCACAUAUCAACACGUGUCAUGGGAACUUUUGGUUAUGUGGCGCCGGAGUAUGCAAUGACUGGGCAUCUUCUUGUUAAGAGUGAUGUUUACAGCUAUGGUGUUGUUCUUCUUGAGCUUUUGACUGGAAGAAAACCUGUAGACAUGUCACAAGCUCCUGGUCAAGAGAAUCUUGUCGCUUGGGCUCGUCCACUUCUCACAAGUAAAGAAGGAUGUGAAGCAAUGAUAGACCAAUCUCUAGGCACUGAUGUGCCCUUUGACAGUGUAGCUAAAGUUGCAGCCAUUGCUUCAAUGUGUGUGCAACCAGAGGUAUCAAACCGUCCUUUCAUGAGUGAGGUUGUGCAGGCUUUAAAACUUGUAUGUAGUGAAUGUGAUGAAGCAAAAGAAGAAUCAGGUUCAAGCAGUUUUAGCCUGGAGGAUUUAUCUGUUGAUUUAGCUCUAGGAAUAAGCACUGUUUCUGGUCAGCUAUCAGAUAAUUUCCAAAGCCAAUUAUCAGGUACUAACUUUGAUUCUGGAGUUGAUAUUGAAAGAGGCUUGGCAGCAUCAGAAAUUUUCAGUUCAUCAGCAAGAUUUGGCAGGGCGGAGUCUGGAUCAUUUAGAAGAAACUCUUAUUCAGGUCCGCUGAGAACCGGAAGAAGCCGGCAGUUGUGGCAGAUAAUUAGGAGUCUUUCUAGUGGCAGUGUCAGUGAACACGGAACUAUGUUAAAGUUAUGAUCAUAUUCCCAUAAAGAAAUUGCAUUUUUUUGGACUUUCUCUGUGUCUAUUGCACUAUCUGGAUUUGUUAAUAUCAAAAUAUGCAGUUCAUAAUAUUAACUUUGCAAAGAGGCAUUCACUCCUCGGCUUUGAGAGCCUUAUUAGGCUUAACUUGGGAAUAAAAGCAUGUUGUAGAUAGGAUGUGCCAUGCUUUGCUACUAUUCUGCUAAAAUACUGUAACUGGUGCCCACUCUGAAGAGGGGGAGUAUUGUAAACUGCCUUGAUGGUAAAAAUAUAAGGUUAACAUCCACUUUUGGUACCUCAAAAUUUAUUAUUGCA